UCGGGAGAUUCAUCCUCUCUGGGAUCGAAAACGCCGCCAGGAAAAACGCAAUGAUUUAAUGCAUAAGAAGUACCCUCAGUUCGCUUGAUCAAAAGUAACUUUGGUGAAAGGUAGAGGGUAUUUAAAAAGUGUAAACAACAGCUGUCGAGUUGUCGAUAAUACCGGGAAUGCAAUCGAUAUCGUCGUGUUACCUAAACAACGAUGUCAAAGCUUUUGCCCAAAAUCCGUUCCUCCUCCAGCCUGAUCCUGCUGGCCAAGGAUUCAAAAGCAAAAGCUGCGAAUUCCUUCGACUACAAUGCCCUGCUCCUCACGCGAACGCAAAAGUCCAGUUUCAUGCCGGAUUCUUCGGUGUUUCCGGGUGGAGUUUGCGAUGCCACGGACAGUUCGCCCGCCUGGUUGGAUCACUUUCGGCGAAACGAAAUCAGUGCCGCCAAGCUGAGGGAUGUGGGCCACGUGAAGGGCCCACGGCCAAAGAUGUUUGAGAUCAAGGUGGAUAAGGAAGCGUUAGAUCCAUCCCUGGCCCUGCGUCUAACUGCCAUACGCGAGACCUUUGAGGAGCUGGGCAUCCUGCUGUGUAGGGAUAGCAAAUCAUUGACCUCCACCAGUGGCUAUGCCAAGUUCCAUGAGCAGUUCGACCGCGUCCAUUGGCAGCACAUAGUCCACAAUGAUGCUAGUCAGUUCUUGGAGCUCUGCAAGAAACUGGAGGUGUUCCCGGACGUGUGGGCACUCCACGAGUGGUCAGCCUGGCGCACGCCGUCCACGUUCAAGAAACGGUUUGAGACUGCCUUCUAUAUGACCGCCCUGGAGCAGGAACCCAGCGUUCACAUCGAACCCAACGAGGUCAAGGAUUGUGCGUGGCGCUCCCCAUUGGACUACCUUCAAGCGUGCCUGAGAAAGGAGCUCUGGUUGCCGCCUCCUCAAUUCUACGAGCUUUCCCGCUGCCUCAACUUCUCCUCCUUGGAAAGUCUUCGACAAUUCGCCGCAGAGCGUGAGGUCAAAGGCCUUGGUCUGAUUCAUCCUGUGAUGUACAAGUGCAAAAAUGGAACUGUCCACCUCUUGCCCGGAGACGAGGCCUAUCCCGCCGAUCCGGAUGCUAGUAGCGACAAAAUAGAGACUGGCUUGACAGUCGAGGAGUUUCGUUCGCAAGGUAAUGACAAACUACAUAGAUCAGAGCACUGGAACCAGCAUCAGUCGCAGCUGCUCAUUAACUUUGACCGGGAAGAUGGUCAAGUACAUCCCCUAGACCCUACCAAGCUAUAGAGGCGAAAUCAGUUUCCUUAAUAUUAUGUGCAUUUAUCUAGUUUUAAAAUUAUAACUAAAAUGGUUUUUUUUUAAUUGG